GUUAGUGCAUUCCUGCAAACAACACGUAAAACACUGCAGCUUCAAAAACACUUCUACCCCUUUUCUGGAACAGAAUACACUGGAACUUCAAUUAUACUUUUUUAAUUAAUUUAAUUAAUUUGGUUAACUGUAUGGAAAAGUUCUAUUUUCUAAUGCAGCUUGGAUCUAAUAAGGGAAGGCAGAAAAGCAGUCUUCACUAGAAUGACAGAUUAACAAAACACAAUACCGGGUAAUGCAAGCAGCGAAAGCAAGUUGACUUGGAUUUUCAGUCUACUAUAGAAGCAAAGCAUCGAUAAGGUUUGUUUGUUGUCUUUUCUGAAAUCCAUCACAGUCACUUCAAAAUGAAGAUAUUUACAUGGACUUUGGGUAUGGUAUUAUUUCUACUACUGUCUACAGGCCAUUGCAGAGAACAGGCUGCACUCAAUAAAAUAUCCCAGAAGAGGCAUCCUCGCUCAACAGAUGGUGGAGAAGAAGGGAAAAAAUGUGGUUACACGUUCCUGGUUCCUGAACAAAAAAUAACAGGACCAAUUUGUGUAAACACUAAUGGACCACGUUCUGAUAACAGAAAAGAUGAAGUCACAAGGAUGGACAUAGAAAAUCUAAAGGAUGUACUAUCCAAGCAGAAACGGGAGAUUGACAUCUUGCAACUAGUGGUGGAUGUAGAUGGAAAUAUUGUGAAUGAAGUAAAAUUGUUGAGAAAAGAAAGUCGUAACAUGAACUCUCGAGUCACUCAACUUUACAUGCAGCUCUUGCAUGAGAUAAUUCGAAAGCGGGAUAAUUCUCUUGAGCUUUCCCAACUGGAAAACAAAAUCCUCAAUGUUACAACAGAAAUGCUGAAGAUGGCAACAAGAUACAGAGAGCUCGAAAUAAAAUAUGCAGCACUGACUGAUCUUGUAAACAAUCAGUCCGUGAUUAUUUCUUUAUUGGAAGAACAAUGCUUGCGGGUAUUCUCACGACAGGACACGCAUGGGUCCCCACCUCUUGUUCAGGUGGUACCACAGCACAUACCUAACAGUCAGCCCUAUACACCUGUGCUUUUGGGAGGUAAUGAAAUUCAGAGAGACCCAGGUUAUCCUAGAGAUAGAGAUGUAAGACCACCACCUGAUCCAGCUACUUCUCCUACAAAAAGUCCGUUUAAGAUACCACCACUAGCUUUAAUUAACGAAGGCCCAUUCAAAGACUGUCAACAAGCCAAAGAAGCUGGGUAUUCCAACAGUGGAAUUUAUAUGAUCAAACCUGAAAACAGCAAUGAGCCAAUGCAGUUAUGGUGUGAGAACAGCCUGGACCCUGGAGGCUGGGCAGUUAUUCAGAAAAGGACAGAUGGAUCUGUCAAUUUCUUCAGGAAUUGGGACAGUUACAAGAAAGGAUUUGGCAAUGUUGAUGGAGAGUACUGGCUGGGACUACAAAAUAUCUACAUGCUUACCAAUCAGGACAAUUACAGGUUGUUGAUUGAACUAGAAGACUGGAGCAAUAAGAAAGUUUAUGCAGAAUACAGCAGUUUUCGCCUGGAGCCUGAAAGUGAAUUUUAUAGGUUGCGUCUGGGAACUUACCAAGGAAAUGCUGGGGACUCCAUGAUAUGGCACAAUGGAAAACAAUUUACAACACUAGACAGAGACAGAGAUAUGUACACAGGAAACUGUGCCCAUUUCCACAAAGGAGGCUGGUGGUACAAUGCCUGUGCACAUUCUAACCUUAAUGGAGUGUGGUAUAGAGGAGGCCAUUACAGAAGCAAGUAUCAGGAUGGGAUUUUUUGGGCUGAAUAUCGAGGAGGUUCAUAUUCCUUGAAAGCAGUUCAAAUGAUGAUCAGACCAAUUGACUGAGUGGGGAGAAGUUAAAGCUUUAUCAUACUCAAGUGAUCAAAUAGAAAAACAACAACAACACUUUUCAGUGCCUGGAUUCCAGAAAGAGAGUUACAUUUAGACCCUUAUUUUGCACAAUUUGGCUCUGCAAGAUACAGGGCUACAAGUAUAUUUUGUUUGGGUUUUUUGUUCUUGUCUUCUUAAAAACUUUCUUACUGUGAGACAGCAUUUGUUACCUAUACGAGCUUGUAAUAACAUACAAAACAUGCAGGAAUUCCACCUGCAAUAAAUAUUUAUCUUUGUCCAAGUCCAAAACACAUCACUGGUAGUCAUUAAAGCUACUAAAAAAAGA